AUGGCCGUUGUGGAGUCCACCUUGAAAGGCAUGGGCCGUCCCUCCAAUGCGGAUGCAUUGGAGAAAUGGUGCCCUAGUUGCAGCUCGCGGCUUGUGAAACUUGCAUUCAUACAGUGUCCAGGCAAGAACAGCUCACUUAGGUUCGGAGAGGGCAAGAUUCGGGGGAUGAGUGCCAAGAAUAUCUCGAAGUGUUUGAAAAUUCACAAGCGGCUUACAGCUGCAGAUGCUCGUGCACAAGAGAUCAUUGCUGAGUUUGAUGAUCGGUUUGGCAGCAGGCACACGCUAGCAUCGCAGCAGAACCUGGACAUCCUCGUGACACGCACACAUGUGAGUGGCAACGAGGCCGUGUCGAGACAGCUGCUCCUGUGGUGUUUGGAACACUUCGAGAAUGAUGUUCAGCGUGGUACCGUGAGCUUUGAUGCGGCCAAGGCGGCCUUUAACCUGGCCGUGUCCAGGAGCCUCUUGAAGAAACGUCUCAUCAAUUAUGUCAGCAAGAGAGUCACCAUGCCGGCGAAGCCAACAGACGGUGUCGCUAUCCCCACAAUCGACAGCAUUUUCGGCACCUUUGCGAAAUUCCGGAACAGCGGGCUCGAUCAUGGCAGCACCCUCGUGAUGACGUGGAGGGCGUCUAUGCCUUCCUACCUGCAGGACACAUUCGAUUUCCUGACCAAGCUCAUGCGUGGAGGAGGCCCCCUUGACGAGAGCCUCGAGACCUUUCUCCAAAAGGAUUCCUUGGUUUCAGCCGAACUGGUCUUGAGGGCUCAGUCUAUGAAGGAUCACUUCGACAUCGUGGCUGUCACGCAGGCGGCCAGCCAAACUGCACAAGACGAGAAGGCAGCGUCGGCGCCGCCACCCGUUGCUCCACCUUCCCCGCCAAAGCCAGAAUCGACAACGGCACUUUCGCCGCCGGAGCUGCCUGAAGAUCCUGAGGACUUGAUUGAGGCAGCUGAGCAUCCACAACGCCUCGAUCGAAGCAUCUACUUUGACUCUUUGCCCUUGUCGUCUGUAGCCAAGGACAUUCUGAACAAGGUUCCGGACGACAGUCAGUUUGAGCAAGUGCUGGAAACGGCACGAUUGCGUGCCAACACAUUCCUGGACUUGCGUGUCUGGCCCACUGACGCGACCAACUUGAGAGCUGCUUUGCAAUCCAUUCCGGAUGCACAGAACAGGGUCUACAUCUAUGACACCAAGAAUGAGACGAAAGACACUGGCCGGGUGGCGAGCUAUGCACCGUAUCGUCGUCCCCCAGCCCUGGAGAAGAAGAACAUCAAGAUUGUCGGCGAGGCUUUGUUUGGGGACCCCGCAUUGGCGAAGGACAGCUCCAGAGCUCACCCGGUGAUCUUUCGUGCCUGCGACAUGUUUGUCUGCAUGGAUGGCAGAUCCCCUUCGAACCAGAAGCAGAUCACAGCCGAGCUUACCCGAUGCAUGAAGCCACAUGCGAGCAUGUUCCCCAAGCUGGCCAACGGCUUGAUCACAGUCCGCAUGCUCUACCACUGUCGGGAAUUUGAGGGAUCGGGGCGAUUGGCGAUGGCCAGGCGAACGUGUUUGACCCAAACAUGCCCAGACCCGAUGGAAACCAUGGUUGUCAUUCAACCCAAGGCGUACACGCUUCCGCAGCGGGCACUGCCGCUUGUCCAUAGUGACUCCUAUUCCAGAGCUUGGACAGGCCUGGGAUUGAGAGACCCGAGCGAUAUGGAGUUGACGACCAUGCUUGAUGCGAGCAAGCUCCUGCCGAAGACAGAGAAGCAGAAAGCGGCUGCGGAGGCAGCCGAGGCUGGCACGGAUGAUGCCGAAGAAGUUCAUGCUGUUUCAGACAGUGAUGAUGGUGCUGUGGACGGUGCAGGCAGCCAGGCUUCAGAGUGUGAGCCCGCAAGAGGUGUUCUCUUGUGGCCGUGGGCGUCUUCCGAGGAUGCCUGGACAAGCAUUUACACGGCAUUCCACCUGGUAAGCCCGUCUCAGACCUGGAUCAUUGAUUUCACAGCAGGGUGUGGCCUUGCGGCUCUCGCGGCCGUGAGGGGUCGCUUUCACUAUGUCGGCUUCGCCACUUCGGAGGUCCACUUGAAGUUUCUCCGCCAAUACGUGAUGUUCCGCAUCGUCUCCGAAAUGGUGUUGAAUGUGGAUCCACACGCAUGGAAUAUUCGCAAGCGGAUUCUGUGCCGUGAGAACAGUUUGACUGGCUCUAGCACUACGGAGUCCAAUGCUGAGACUCUUCCGCCAAGGACCUUACUUAUCUUGUGA